CGCCUUUCAAGUUUCAACUUGCUAUGACCAAAAUACCCCUCCGCACCUACAAUUCUUCACUCUCUCGUCGAGCGACUCCGUCGAGGGAGGCGGAGCUCUGCGACGCUACUCGAAACCUUAACCCUAACCCUAAUCUCCGAACUCAAACCCUAACACCCUAAUCUCCCUCUUUGCCUUUCUCUCUCCCUUUCUCUCUUUCUUUGUCUAGCUAUUUUAAUUCAAUUCCUUUCUUUUUUUUUUCUCUCUUUUUAGUUGGUUCUUUUGUGCUCUUCUUUUGUAAAUCCAAAAGCUCUUUUUAACUACUCUACUUUUCAACAAGCACUCAUGUCCUACUCUUUUUUUUUCAAUUUAAAAUUAUAUUGGAAUUUCGUGCAUCAACCACUGUCCUUCCAAUAAGAGCUUCCUCUCUGGAUACUUAAACCAAAAAAAAAAAAAGAAAUCAGAAUCACAAGGUAAGCUCAUAAAGGAGAAAAGGAGACCAAAUAAUGGAUGAUCUGAUGGAUGCUUGGUUGGAUUGAAUUGAGGAACAGAAAGUGUAUGGGGACCUGUCAAUCUACUGAGUCUGUUGAGACGAAAGGAAAUCAUGAUCAGAAUGUAGUAUAUGUGGCGGAUGCAAACAGGCCAGGCUCGGAUGAGGAUGGAAGGCGGAGGAUCGCUUCUCUCUACUCGCAACGAGGAAAGAAAGGUCCGAACCAGGAUGCAGUCAUUCUCUGCCAGGGUUUUGGUAUGGAAGAUGGAGUGUUCUGUGGUGUAUUUGACGGACAUGGAAAAAACGGCCACAUGAUAAGCAAAAUAGUAAGGGAUUUCCUCCCUUGCCUGCUUCUUAGCCAACGAAACACCCUAAUGCUCUCCGACGAAGAUUCUGACUUCACUGAUAGCACUACCACCAGCCCGAAAGAUGAUAGUGAGGGCUCCCCAAUCUUGUCUCCCUUUCUAUUCGAGGAGUGGAAAGAGGCAUGCAUAAGCGCUUUCAAAGUCAUGGAUAAGGAGCUGAAGCUCCAAUCCAACUUAGAUUGCACUUUUAGUGGCACCACUGCGGUAUCUAUAAUCAAACAGGGAAAUUAUUUGAUCAUUGCUAACCUAGGGGAUUCAAGGGCAGUGAUGGGCACCAUCUCCGAAGAGGGUCACCUAGAAGCUAUACAGCUUACGACUGAUCUAAAGCCUAGCAUUCCUAAGGAAGCAGAGAGAAUAAGAAAAAGCAAAGGUCGAGUUUUCGCUCUACGUGAUGAGCCACACAUUCAACGGGUGUGGCUGCCACAUGAGAACUUCCCCGGCCUCGCCAUGGCCCGUUCUUUUGGAGAUUUCCAGCUGAAACACUACGGUGUGAUCUCAAUCCCUGAGGUCUCGCAUCAUCAGAUAUCAAGUAAAGACCAGUUCAUUGUUCUAGCAACUGACGGGGUUUGGGAUGUUCUAAACAAUGAGGAAGUUGUAUCAAUAGUGUGGUCGAUUGAACGCAAAGAGGAUGCAGCAAAAGCACUUGUAGAGGCCGCAGUUCAUGCAUGGAAAAACAAGUUCCCGGCGUCAAGAAUAGAUGAUUGCUCUGCAGCUUGCCUCUUUUUACAAGAGGGGAGGCAGGGGAAAAAGUGAAUACAAUUGACUUCUAAGGGACUCUUUGUGGGAAAUUGUUUUCUAUAGGGAACUCAGUGAGAUUAUAUGUUAUCUAUUGUGUUUUGUACAAAUAGUUGAUAUUGUACUAAUUAAAGGCAAAUAUUCGGACCAAAGAGGAGAUCAUGAGAAGAGGGUGUUGUGUUAUGCUUAUAUGUGCACUAUACAAUUCAUUGUAUGACCACAUGAUGGAUUGAAAUUUUUUUGCUAAA